AUGGAAGCAGCCAGCGACUGGGAAGAAGAGGAGAUGGAAGAGACAGAGGCGGCGAACCUUCAGGAGAUGCCUGAGAGGACGCGAGAGGAAGCGCGAGCCUUCGAUGUUUUUUUCGACCAAGUUGUCCACGAGAAGCGCGCGGAAGGCGCCGCGUUUCACCUAGGGCGUUUGAAGGAAGCAGGCGAACAGCUUGCCGUCAUUCGUCGGAGAACCUUCUCUGGCGGCGAAGGAGAGGACCGAAGGCGCAAGUUCCAGGCAGCUACUCUGUCGCGUCUCGAAGAUCAGCUGAUUCAGGAGAGAGAUCGUUCCACGCAAAGCAAAAGGUUCGCGUUCCGCAGAAAGAAAGUCGAGAAAUCCUUGCCUUCUACGCAGACUGCGGGAGCUGGCGCUGCAUGCGCCACGGCGGAAGCGACGCGAACGAAGGCCGCGCCUGAGUUGUCGCGAGGCGCAGAGACUUCUCAGCUGAAGGAGACGGGAGGACAGCGAGAAGAAGAAGGCGAAGAAGACCCUUGCGGCUCCCACACAGUAUAUGUGGAGAAUCGGAAGAACGAAGUAAUUGUCUUUCGUCCAGGCGAACUCAGAGGAAGAGAGUUGAUUCUUCGGGACUUGGAUCAGUGCCUCCUCGUCGUCGCAGAAAAGAUCCCUGCCGCUCGUGUAAGGCGUCUCACCGCCUGCCUCGUCUUUUUCGCCGACAUUUCCAGCUCUCUCUGGCUGUUCGGGUGCAGAAAGUCUCUCUUCUGUCUCCAGUGCCAACAACUUCGCGUCCAUGAUAGUCGUGACGUCGCUUUCCUUCUUCGGAUCUUCUCCUCGCCGAUCAUUGAGAGAACCACAGGAGCAGUCUUUGGACCGCAGUUACUCCAGCUUCGCCUGCCCCCCUCAGUUGCUGCAGAAGGAGAGGAAAGCUCCCGAAACACAGAGGCAGCGGGUGAGACCAGCGGCUCGCGAAACCAUGAAGCCGAGAGACGCGAUGCUGCGCCUCUAUGGCAGGACGUGAAGGACUUCGAUUGGAUAAAGAAGCAGGCCUCCCCACACUGGACGACAGUGCCUCUGCGUCCGCCUUUCGACUUUCCACUCGCGCCGUUGACUCUGCAAUCGCUGGAAACUGAGGAGAAUGUGAAUCUAUAUGCCUUUCUUUGUCUACCUCUCUGUCUCUCUCUAGAGCAACGAUAUAGAUGUCUCUGGCCCGGAGCGCACCGCUUCGGGCGCGACUUUUUUGGAGCCCAACGCGCCGGUGUGGUUCAGUGUUGA